AUGCUGCUAAAGAUCAUUCGUGCUGAGGCACUGGCUUCUGCUGACCUAAAUAACAAGAGCGAUCCAUUUGUCCGUGUCUUUUAUGAUGGAAAGGAAGUGGCGGCCUCACAUCGAGUCAAACGGUCGCUCAACCCGCGCUGGGAUUUUCAUGUGACUAUCACGCUUAUUCAUGCUGGACCCUUGGACGUAGAGUUGGAGGUAUUAGACAAAGAUGAGUUGUCUCAAAACGAUUUGCUCGGUGCAUUGCGUGUUCCAUUUCCGGAAUGGCGUCAACUUGUGGAUGAGUAUCAGAAGCGCAAGCAGAAGUCGGGAAUAUCCAUAGCGCGACAUCAAGGCUCCAAGUACAUGGAUACGCAUCAGCCAUAUACGUCCAAUGCGGCAGAAAUAAAUGAACGAGGUGACUACUCACGGCGCCAUAGGGCAGACAGUGAUUUUCAGCGACGGUCAAGGUCAUUGAACUCGAGUGAAAGCUAUCUUCAAGGAGAAACAAAAAGCCGCGCUUCUGUGACGUCCGGAGUUCUUACGACUGGGGCCCUGGAUGUUGCCAUGGAUAUCAAACCUGUAUUUAUAUGGUGCAGACUGGUCAAGGGUUCGACAGCGCAAGGACGUAUUCUGUGCAGUGUGCAGUACGAGGAAAAUGAUCUUAAAUAUCUUAUUAAUCACCCGUACGGCACCAGUAUUCAAGAGGUUUUUCUACCACAAAACCCACGAUUCGAACAGGCCUAUUGCCAUUUACCCAGAAGCUGGCAUCCAGAUGUAGCGGUUAGGCAAGAUGAACUCACAGCAAUGCAUGCGGGAACACCGAAAGAUUGCUUGUUUCCGUGGCACGAGAAGCUUUUGCACAUGGUCGAAGAAGUGACAGUGACCUUUCAUGUUAACGAGUCAAAUCAAGGCGUACUGGCGACGUUAGUGCUGACAAAUUAUCGUAUUUGGUUCGUACCAUAUCGACGUGUGCGAGGUUUGCUUCAUGAAGAUGUACAUACGUUACCAGUGAGCAAGAUUUUGAAAGCAACGAUUCAGCAGCAGAAGCGCAGUAACAACAAUGUCAUCACCGUGCUCAUCUUGGAUAAUAUGGAUGCUGGACACUACCACGUGACGCUCUCACCGAUCUCGCGGCUUAGAGAUUCGGUGCGCGAUUUUUCACGUGAAGCUGAACUAAAGCGCGUCAAGACGCUGCACAACAUUGUUCGGGAGAUUGACUGGCUGCGUAUUGAAAAUAGCUUUUGCUCGCCAACAGAUCGAAAUCACACAGUAGCUUCUGCAGAUGAGAUGCAGCUAGAGGACGAUUUGCUUCACUACACGCCUAAGCACAGCAAUUCUUCUAUGCCGCCACCCAUGGCACGCGCAUUAACGCAAAGUUACAGUAAAUAUCAGAAGCACACGUUUACAAAGGAAAACAGUAGAAGUUUGACGCUUGAUGGCAGUGGUGAAUUUUUGGAGUCUUUUAAGUUCAAACACCAACGAAGUAUGCCGCCAACCCAAGCUUUACUUCUUCAAACCGCGUCGAUGAGAAAACCUCCGCAACAAUUUCACCUCGCAGCGAGGCGGCGAAUUCAAUACGACCCAGAUGCUGAAUAUACUAGACAAGGAGCAAUGAAGCAUCCUCGCUGGCGCAAAUGCGAACUUAAUGAGCAGUACCAGCUAUGUCCAACAUACCCGUCAUUUCUCUUAGUACCCGAAUGCUUGGAUGAUAACACUAUAAAAGCAGCUGCAAGUUUUCGCAGCAAAUGUCGUUUGCCGGUGCUAACAUGGAUCCACCCGCGAACUGGAGCCCCACUUUGCCGAAGCAGCCAACCGAAUACGGGCGUUUUGCGCAGCACAAGUCCGGAAGAUAAGAAACUGAUCUGGGCCAUUCGAGAUGCAGCGAUUCCUGCAGAUCACGCCGCAAAGUCUAUACGAACACUGCCGAAAAAGAACAGUGUUGUGCAUAUUGUUGACGCCCGACCAGAAAUUAAUGCCAAAAGCAAUGCUCUUGCUGGUAAAGGUCACGAAUCUGUGAAGCAGUACGAUCGCGAUGGAGUUUCGACGGCUGCAAUCACAUUUAUGGGAAUCGAUAAUAUUCAUGUUGUGCGAAAUUCACUUAAUGGUCUAGCGCAAGCGCUGUACGAAGUGGAGGACUCUAACUUUUUUGGUGCUGUGCAAAAGAGUCGCUGGCUGGAGCACAUCUGCAGCAUCUUACAAGGGGCAAGUGAGGUGGCCACGCACCUUGAACGUGGCGAUGCUGUUUUGGUGCACUGCAGUGACGGGUGGGAUCGAACUGCUCAGCUUUCGGCUCUUGCUCAGAUAAUGCUUGAUCCGUAUUAUCGUACUUUAGAAGGCUUCGCUAUGCUGAUAGAAAAGGAUUGGUGUUCAUUUGGCCAUAACUUCCAAAAAAGGUGCUCCCACCCAACAUCCGACCAAACGUCGCCGAUCUUUUUACAAUUUAUUGAUGCUGUGUAUCAGCUUACUCUCCAGUUUCCGACUCAUUUCCAAUUUAAUGAGCUAUUGCUGUCAUCCGUUGCUGAAGCGGUCUACUCAUCGUGGUAUGGCACUUUUCAAAAGAAUUCUGAAAAUGAAAGGCGGCUCUUUUUAUCAACGGUCGCAAGCGUUAGCGUGUGGGAUGUUAUACGAGCCACAACCGAUCAGUAUUUGAAUCCUCUAUUUGCUGGAGGAGAGGUGCACGCAUCUGGUGGAUCAAUUAUCGAGGUAAUAUUACCGGUGUGUCGAGUGCGCGUGAUGCAGCUAUGGGUUAGCCAAUAUCAGAAGGCCAUCGGACAUAUGCGGCUACAGCAGCGAGAGUUUGAAAUGCUGCAGCUUAUUCGGCAGCAAGAGGCUGAUCUUUCACGACUACAUGCUGCCUUAAGUAAUGAUCAACACCUUGAGCUGCGUGCUAGUCAACUGCGGAGUGAUAUUGCAAAGCUGUCACGCAGCAUGAACUUAAAAUAUCCCGAACAGCUCACUACACCGUUUAAAAAACCUGAGAGAAGGAGGCUUGUGUCAAGCUCCGGUGGGGAAUCUCUACAAAUUAUGGGGAAAUCUUCCGCAUCACUGGAUCUUCACGACCUAGAGAGUAUUGUAGCUCUAGGCACGGCAGGUGCGGCUGCAAAAGCAUCGGCAGAAUCACCUUCUCCUCCUCGUGAGCAUUUGACUCUAGCGCAAAUACUUCAACGUGCAAACUUUGACGCUGGAAUGAAUUCGGCAUCCCUCGGACCAGGCGGAGUAUCUCCUCAACCUCACAAUUUGCCAAAUCCUCGUCGACGCAAGUCGCUCACGAGCCGAUCACGAAGCAACAGUCUCAAAAAUACUUUAAUCAAUGUGAUGGCACAGAUGAAAGGGGGUUUACAUGACAAAGACCUUGACGAGUCAGAGGAUGUUGGGUCUACCACGCUUCCAAAUCCUGUGCGUGUGAGUGAAGGUCGGCGAAAAGCGCGGUUAAAUUCGCCAACCCGCCGAGACGAAUUGAAACGAGAUUUACGUCACCUCGAGUCUCAACUCUCAAUGCUUAAUCAUCAAGUAGCAAUAAAGGAAGACGUAGCAAAGCAAAUCUUGCGAAGAUUUCGCUGUUACAAUUACAACCUUCCAGAGACAGCGCUACGCAACGAAAAUGACACACUUUCUCCAAGCAGCUGUAAAAAGGUUCGGUUGGGAUUAUCAAACGGGCACAAAUCAUUUUCAUCCCCUAAACCUUUGUCGUCACCAUCAUCUUCUUCGUCACCUGGCUCAGGGACUGCGUCAGGUUCGGCUCAAGUAUGUGGUGAGCAUGGCGACUCAAAUUCAAUGAAUGGAGAUCCUCGCAAUUUUACACCAGGUAGCUCGCCGCUUUUAGGAACAGACAAAGUCAUUUCCGGAGGAAACUAUUUAAACUCACAGCCUGUUUGGGAGCGCGACGAAGAUGCUCCAUGUUGCAAGCGCUGCAAAAAACGAUUCAAGACCCUGUUGCGCAAUCGCCACCACUGUCGCUGCUGUGGUUACGUUUUCUGUGGUCGCUGCACGAGUCACCGCAUGAGUCUUCCAGAUUUUGGCUAUUACGAUGUCGUACGCGUGUGCAAGAUUUGUUAUAAUUCCGGCGAAGAUGGGUGA